AUGGGUGCUGCUAACAUCACUACAGAAGCUAAGGCAAAUGAAAACAAUGAGAACCAGAAUGACAAUCCGGUAACCAUUGUCGAAUUUGAGGCUAAAGCAUCAGGAAACAGUUCCCCGACAGAUGGAGCAAGCGUCUUGAAUCAAGAAUUAGGUCUUGCUAGAGCAGGUGAUACUCGAUGGGGAUCUCAUUACAAAUCUUUUAACAACUUUAUCCUCAUGUUUGGUCCUAGCAUUGAUGUAUUUGAUGAUCUUGUUGUUAAUGCUCGUUUUGAAGAGAAAUGCUGGACAAAAGGAUAUCUUACAACAUUUGACCUUCGCUUUCAACUUGAAGAAACAUUGUUGGUGUUAGCUAGGGACGAUGAUAAAAGGUUUUUCAGUCUUAAGAGACUUGCUAAUCUUUUCAAGAUACACAUAGAGAAAAAGAAGCAUGAAACUUAUCUUCUUGUAGUUCGACUAGUUAAAUUUGCUUUACUUUUGCUGGUGGCUACUGCUAUAGUUGAGAGACAUUUCUCAGCGAUGAAGUUGAUUAAGACUGAUUUACGAAAUUGA